AUUGACUGGAGCGUGAGCCAGUCUCAUUCUCAUCAUUAUCACAGAGACUUUUUUCUACUCUUUUCUUUUACAUUUCACCUGGAACAAUACUCGCUCUUGCAGACGAAGAACAGAUCAACCAUGGAUUCUUCUUCUAAAGAUCGCGAGUCUUUCGUCUACGUUACCAAGCUCGCCGAGCAAGCCGAGCGCUACGAUGAAAUGGUGGAGGCGAUGAAGAAAGUCGCGAAGCUUGAUGUUGAAUUGACUGUAGAAGAGAGGAACUUGCUGUCCGUUGGUUACAAGAAUGUGGUCGGCGCACGGAGGGCGUCUUGGAGGAUCUUAUCGUCGAUCGAACAGAAGGAGGAAUCGAGAGGGAAUGAAGUAAAUGUGAAGAGGAUUAAGGAGUACAGGCACAAGGUGGAGGCGGAGUUGUCCGCCAUUUGCCGUGAUAUUAUGAUUCUUAUCGAUGAGCAUCUCAUACCGUCUUCUAUUGCUGGGGAAUCUAGUGUGUUUUACUACAAGAUGAAAGGUGAUUAUUACAGGUAUCUAGCAGAGUUCAAGACUGGUAAUGAGAAGAAAGAUGCAGCUGAUCAGUCACUUAAGGCAUACCAGACUGCCUCAACCACUGCAGAGAGCGAUUUACCUCCCACUCAUCCCAUACGAUUGGGUUUAGCUCUUAACUUCUCUGUCUUCUAUUAUGAGAUUAUGAACUCACCUGAAAGGGCCUGCCACCUGGCAAAGCAAGCUUUUGAUGAAGCUAUUUCAGAGUUGGAUACCUUAAGUGAAGAAUCUUACAAGGAUAGCACUUUGAUCAUGCAGCUAUUGAGGGACAACCUCACUUUGUGGACUUCUGACAUUCCUGAGGAUGGAGAUCAGAAAAUGGAAAUCUCUGGAAAAGUUGGAGGUGAAGAUGCAGAGUGAAGCUGAUGGAACCUUGAAAUUCUUCAAUGUGUGGAAGGGAGAGGGAUGAUUUCCCCUCAACUUUGUACUGUUGUUGUUUGAGAGAGGUUUUGAUAUUCUUCUGGUGUACCUUAUUGUUUUCUGCUGGUGUUAAUUUGUUUCAAUCAUAUGUACAUUAGCAGGAAUAUUUGGGUUAUUACAGAUUAUUUUUGGUUUCUAA